AAUUGAGGGUCUAUUAUAGGGGUCACACAUUCUGCAGGCCGCCAUAGUUUUUUCCUUCUAGACUGCAAACUUCUUUUGUUUUUUCCUUGAGACUGAAACCAUCCAUUUUUUCUGGACUGUAAACCGUCAGAUAAAAAUAAAUGUAACUGCAAACUGACACUCUAAAAAGGGCUUAAACUGUGAGAUAGCCAGAGUAUAAUAGACCCUCUUAAUUUAUCCUUAUCAAAUUUGCAUUGACAAUCAAAUAGGUGUUUAACUUGCCUAGGCCAGGGUUCUCCUGAAGCUCUGGCAAGUGGUGAAAAUCGCCAUCUACUCAACCUGGGUGCUGGCUACUCUGGAAAAAAAUAUAUGCAUUUUUGGGAUUGGCUCAGCAAGAAAGUGAUUUUUGCUGCCUACUUGGCCAGCCCAGGCCACCAACUAAGUUCAUCUUCAAAAAACCAAUCACUUUGGUUGUUAAUAGGCAGUGCAGAAAUGUCUCUGUGCAAGAUAAUUUCAUCCGAGGCCUUACACAUUUAUCCAUAAUAGUUUAAAAAUGGAAUUUUUUUCUUAUUUCUAAAAUGUUUUUUUCGUCCAUACUAAAUCAACGUAAAUUGCUUUCUGUGCUAGAAUGUAAAUAGUCAAGAAGAAAUGUCUAAUUUGGCCUUUCCACACUUGAAAGGAAAGUUGUCUUUUUAAAGUACAGUCUUGAUCUAGCAUUUUCCAAUUUUUGUAGAUAAGGUUGUGGUUAUUCAUUGUGGUGAAUAACAGUAAAAAGCUGAUAGUCUUGUUUGAUUUGGAUCGUGAUCUAUGCCACAGCUAACUUUUUCUAGAGAGAAAUGGAAAACUUAUUUUUUAUAUUGUCAUUUUGCAAAUGUUUGUGUUUGGUGACCAAAACACUCUCUUGGUGUAGAUGAAAGACCACUAACUGUUUUUGACAAAGGAGAAUGCAUCCUAAUCAUGCAGUUUUUCAACAGAAUCAGCUCAGCGUGAUGUUCCACAGGUAUCGAUUGUGAUUUCAUAUGAUUUCAGGGUUUUGACAGCAUCUUGGACUGGCUAGCAGUGGUCUGGCUGGCUGGCACAUAUAGUCUCGAUCUCAUGUGAUAAUUGCUUGUUAAUUUAUCAUGCCUCCACAUCAUGCUAGGUUAAGAUUGAGUGUUUUUGAUUAAAUUGAAAUGUUCACGAAAUGGGAAAAACAAACCAAAUGUGCAAUAAACAGCCAUCAGUCUUGUUAUAAAAGUUCAGGAAUUUCCACUAUGUAAAUUGGACAUUCAGAUAUUGUACUGUAUUUUUGUUUAUUCUCAAAAGUUCUCUUCAUUUACAAUCUACAUUAGACAACAAGUCAACAGUCUCUGUUUGGUUUUAGACUUAUCUAAGCUCAGUUAUAGAAUUACUGCAAUAAAAUCUCCUUCUGAUACUCCCUGAUGACUAGUGGGCUCUUAUCUUUAGGAUCAACUGUCAAUGUUCAUUUAUCUUCGAUAACAAUCAAUUUAUUUAGAUGUCUUCUCAGCAACUGAUAUCCCACACAACUGAUAUUGUGUCAUAUUCAAUAAUUGUUUUUAACAAAAAGACAGAAGACAAACAAGAAGACAGUCAAAAUACCUAAUCAUGAUCCCUUUAUCACUGAAUAAUUACAAAAAAAGGUACAGAAUGAUUCUUCCCAAAAUAUACAACUAUUUUCAAAUGCUUCAUUGAUGACAAAACAGGAAUUGAAUGCACUUCACUAAUCCUUGAUUAUUAAUAGUAUAGUUAAAAAGAAAUCAAAAGUUUGAAAGUAGGUUGGGCUGGAUCUUUCAUGAUCAGAGUGCUACAUAGAAUGGACCUAAUGUAUGGUGAAAUCAUUAAGCCUGGUUUGCACCAGGGACAUUCAAUGACUUCACAAUGUGAUAAUAUCCCCUUAACAAUAUAAUGGGGAAAAGAUUCUUUUUUUAUGUCAUUACAGUAUGCUCAUCCUGUUUUUCGUUGUGUGUUGUUAUGUUGUGUCAUUCAUAUCAGUGAUAUUAACAUUGGUACAAACUUUUCUUAGCAUUUGUGGAACCUGGCUAAUGCUAUUAUCUUGUUACAUGGCUAGUGUGAACCAGGCUGUACCUGUUCACUUGUUCUUUCUGUCACAUCUCUGUGUUACUUAAUACUAAAGGACAGGAUAUUAUAUUUGGGUUGAAAAGGAAGGGGGCAGGAGGGUGAAGAAAACCUGCUUCUUGCUGAAAAUGAACAAAGUUCUGAACAAACAACACAAGACUUUUUUUAAAAAUUGCUGGGUAACAUUUUUGUUCAUAACACUUAACAUUUUGCAGUAACCAUUAUUUUCAACAAGCUGUUCAAAGGAUUGUUGGGACAUUUUAGUGAAUGAUGAUGAUAAAAUAAAAAUGCCUGUAACUAUUCUUUUAAGGCAUUCCAUCAAAAAGUUUUGUCAUUACAUUAAGUUCACUUUAAAAAAAGUGAGAGUCACCAUACUUAUGUUCUUCUUAAAGAAGGUAGCAUGUAGCAAUUUACUUUACGAGCUUUACGAGCUUGUCUUAGCAAAGUUUAAAGACCUUUCCCUAAAGAACAAUAUUAACAGUAAUAGACAAUGAGACAUAUCAAAUAGUGUUGUAUAGUAGUUUCCCAGCAUGAAGUGUCAUGGUAAAAUUCCUCCAACUUCAAAUGGAACAAAUGUUCACUAAAAUGGGUAAAACAACCAGUGACUCAGACAAACCUUAAACAAUACACUAUGGGUCAUAUUCAGAGAGUACAUGUCAAAUGGCAUGCGUGAGAGGGGUGGGGGGCACAGUUGUCUUGGUGCUUGUUAUGUAAGAGCAGCUAGGCAGUGAGAUCUAAGGGUGAAAGGGCUCUCGAUUUCUUACCUGACACCUUGGGCAUAUGUGACAAUAAGAUUUCUGUUUUAUUAAUAGACAAAGCAGGGUUCUCCCGAAAAUUUAAAGUAGACAGAGAAAAAUUUCAAGUAGUUGGUGAAAAUUGCUUUCCUUGCCAAGCCAACCCCCAUUAAUGUAUGUAUAUUUUAACGGCAAUUUUCACCAGUUGCCGGAGCUUCUGGAGAACCUUGCAGGGAGUGCAUGUGCAAAAGAUAGCCCACAGAGUUGGCAAGAUUUUUGCGAGUGAGCGCUCAGUAUAUUUCUUCAUAAAAAGUUUAGCUGCCUUCUUGGAUUUUAAUGCAGUGGAAGGCUGAGGAGAAAAAGAAAUUUCUACCUAGGAGGUGGAUUAUGGGCUAGAGGAAGGAUGGGGGAGAGUGGGGCAAGAAAAAUCUUUUAUUCUUGUCCUGCACCCUACCCCCACCAUCUACUCUAACCCUAGAUCAAACAUGGGGGCCCAGUGAAAGAUUGCAAGCUUGUAAUACUAACUUACCCUAAUAAGAGGCCUGCACUCUAAGCUAGUGCAAGAGAUAGAGAAGAAACUACCUUUUUGAACAAUAUUGUUGCCACAAUCCAUUAUCUCCUUUUGAUUAUCCAGUCACACCUUGUUGUGAAAUUUGUGCCCUUUUUCCCACUCUAUAUACACUGUAUUCUUUUUGGGGAGGGGAGGUUAGGGAGAGGCCAUAGUGGACAAAACAGUGGUGUGUGGACUUCCUCUUUCAACAUCCUUGAGGUGUCUUCCUCCUUUAUCCCUCAAUUUACCCUUCCCUCACAUGCUCACUAUUAUCUCUUUGAAGCUGCAGCUUCUCUGCAGCUUGAGGCAGGUUUUCAGGUUGUAUGCUGUAUGUUGAAUAAAUUUUCAACUGAGAGAUGCUUCAUAAAUUAAAUAGAGAAUAAUACAUGGACUUUUGGAGAUAUUUAUCUUCUCAUGUCCAAAUCAAUAUCUCAUGAGUGCAUUAUUCUGUUUAUUAUAAAAACAAAUUCCAUGUAUUCAUGUAAAACAAUUUUAUUGCAAGAUAACAAACACAAACUCUUUGUGACUUUGAUCAAUUGAAAGUAGCUAAAAGUAACUAAGAAGUUAUUUCAUAAAGCCAAUAAGACUAACAAUGUGAAGCAAUUCAAUUGUUUUUGAAUAAUUUUUAAAUGCUUAACUAAAAUUUCUUCCAAUGUUUUUUACUCCUGGCUGUUACCACUCUGACUACUAACUUAGAAUUAUCGUAUUAACAUGCGUAAAAUUAAUGUAUUUUUGCGUGUGUUCAGAUACAAUUUUUCUUAGUGGUAGAAAUCCCUGUAAUACAGUGUAGUUUAUAUAAUAAACAUUCAUAAUUUGUGAUGCAAAUGAUGCAGAUAAGAUCAUCAGCACUACAGACAUGCACAUCUAGUAGGUCUAGUAGGAUUCUCCUUAAAAUUUUGUAAGGUUUGCUUGUCAAGCACAGGGAGAAUUUGACAUAAGAUUAUGCAUCAGUCAUAACCUUUUUCCACACACCCCUUUAAUUAUGAAAUGUUUUCAUUAACUACAAUUUGUUCUUACCCCAAGGUCACAUGUGGACUAUUGGGAGCCAGUUGACAUGGCGUCUUCUCUAAAAAGAUCAAGCAAGUCAGAGGUAAGUACAUUCCUUGAGCUGUUAUUGUAAAUUCUGUGUGUAGAGUUGCUUGAUGGUCAUCACAAAAAGCAUUGUUGUUGGUGACUGCCAUCACGUAAGUGAUAACACUAAAUAAGCAAAAGAUCAGUAGCACAGUUCUGAUGUACAAAAGCGUAACAUUGGGGUAAAAUUGAAAAAUUUAUUUAAGAAUCAAUUCUUAUUAGAAUUAAGUCAGAAAGUGAAGGAAAUUGGUUCCUAUCUUGAAAUUAUGUCAUUUCGGUCGAUUCGGACGCAUUUCAAGCAAAUUUUCUAUUACCCAUGAUACAAUGCGGCCACGCCCUUUUUUGUAAAAAAUGCAUAAAUACCGUAUUUCAAGGAAGAGGAUUUUUUUCUCGCCACAUCUGAAUCCUAGAAACUCUAGAAUCCUUAAUCUUUGCAUUUAAUUUCACGGCCUUGUGCUUGCGAACAAAACAGUACUUGACCGCAUGCCUGAAACAUGCGGUAUGUGCUUAGGAAGUUUCCCGCUCAUUUCCUCGCCUGAUGUAAUAUUUUACUUCUUAAUAAGGAAAUCUAAAACAGACCUUAUUGAUUAAGUAGACUUUGGGAUGAUUUGGAAGUAAAGGAAGCCGUCAAAAUGACAAGAGCGUCGCGCUUGUUUUUGCUAUAAAUUCGAUCGCGUAUCUUCCUGAGGAUCAAAAUUGUAGACCUAAUGUUUCGGAUGAACUUAAAUGCUAAUAUUUUCGUCGGCUUUUAACGGAUUCGAUCGAGUUUGGUACCAAAAUUUAGCUUGUCAUUCGAGCAUUUUGUUUAUGUCAACGUUGACAUGCUCCAGUGCACUUGUCGCAAACAAUACGAUUAGGAAAUUCAUUGACUGGUACUAUCGCGGGGCAGAUCACAGCGCUUGCCAACUGUUUCGGACGCAGGAAAAAAUUCAUAUCUCGACGACGUUUCAAAAACACAAAAAAACGAAAAGAAAUUGAAAAUCAACUUAUGAGCAUUGCAUUUUGAGGUUAAAUUGUUCUGUAACUCAGGAAUUAUGACUCGCAAAAUGAAUUUAAAAUUAUCUGUCUCUCCUAAGCUUCAAAGCGUGACGCAUCAAGUAGUGAACACUUUUGUUGAUUUUAAGAAAGAUUUAGCUCAAAUUUUCAGGAUUUUGGUUGCCACUUUGCUUAAAAAGGAACUACUUUCAUUAUCUGUUAAGUCUUACGGUUAUAAACGAGGCUUCAGUGGGCAAAAACAGGAAAACAGUGAAUAGUGAAGCCGACGCAUGUUACGCGUGACACCAUGUUUUUGUCGCUAACUUUACAAUUCGACUCCAAUUCAAUAUUUUUAGAGAUCCUUUAUUCUACCUCUGUUUAGUCCAAAACCAUCUUUAACACAUGUGUAACAAUUGUGGAAAGUCUCAAGCAGAUCUGAUCAUUGUGCGCCGAGAAAUUCUUAAAAGAUUCAAGCAAAUCCGUGAUUAAUCAAUUUGUACGUGACAAGCGUGCUACUGAUCAAAAAUGCUUAGCAUUUGUACCAUGAUGGCAUUCCUUUAUGACAAAAACAAGUAUCAUGUUGACAAUGUUAAAAUUGUCAAAGAAAAAGAAAAGUAUGAAGUUGUUCCUUUUUGAGAAAAAAUGAGUUUCAUUUGAUGUCACUUAACUAGCAAAGCAAAACGCCACUCUAUCCCAAAACAACCCCUGACUAAAGAUAUUUUGUUUUCUCUGCUCUCUGAAUAAGGGAAAAUGCAUAACAUUUGUGUCAUGAUAACCAAAUAUCCAAUCUUCAAUAUUUAUUAUUAUUUAACACAGACUGAGGAAAAAGACAUUGUUUUGCAAAUUUUGUACAAUUUGAAAGUCAUCGAUUAUAUAAAUCAUUUAUGUUGCCAGCAAAUUGAAAAGAAUACAAAAUGUAUAGCAAAUAUCAAAUUAUGACUUACUAGUGUUGUAAAAGGUCAAUCACUCUUGGUGAAAUUGUGAAACUACAACGUGAAGGUGCUAUAAUAAAUUGCUUGUUCUUGAUGAAUUGUUCUUCAAGUAAAUUGUUUUUUUAAGUUUUCUCUCUAGUUGAGGGAAACUAGGGGAUGGCUGACUCUACUGUGGCUUGUUGCAUUGAUCCACAGCAACAUCUUCUGUCAGUAACCACUGUAAUGUUGUCUUCAUUUCCCAUCAUUUGGGCAACAACACUGACCUUAUGUCCAUCAUUCUAAUAUUCACCAUCAGAUUCUUCAUGGCCAUAGGUUAGCUUCACUGCCUGCUUCUUCUCUCUCUCUCUCUUUCUCUCUCUCUCUCUCUUUCUCUCUCUCUCUUUUCCUCCCCAGUGAUAUUUGGUUUGCACACCUAACAAGAAUAAAUAGCUUUAAUGAAUACUUUAUGGUCACAGGUGGACAGGAGCUUUACUUAUGUUCUUGAUUUCAUAUAUGCAUAGGCAGAAGCAGUUAUAGAAGCCUUACAUUUGACACCUAAAGACUGGAGUGUUGGCUCCAAGUUAAUAAUCUGUUAUCAGUCCAUACUUUGUUUUACUAGUGACAGACUUAUUUGCACCGUGUGGUGUAUAAAGUUGCUACUGAUUUGACUUUGACAUAACUGGAAAAAAAGGCUCUUUUGGCUCAGAAAUUAAAAGUCACUAGACAUAAUAUUUGCAACUGUUGAGACACAACCUGUAUGGGUACACUUACCAUUAAAUUCCUCUGUAAAGCAUUGAGAGGCAUAAUAUAUGUCCUUCACAAACUUGCAAACUGGCUUUGAUUUACGCACAAACAAACGCUGCUCAACUUCAGACUGCUCGCAUUCCUUUGUCGCAUUCCUUUGUCAUCUUCGAGACCAUGAUCCACGUCUGGGUAAUAUACCGAUCGAUCGCUUUCGCUACUGCAAAGUUCCUUCCGAUGACUUUCACUUUUACGAAAGCAAAGCGCCAUUCCUCGCUGGUGAAGCACUUUUUCGACGUCAACUUGCGUACGAUACUUUUUCUUCCCUGGUGAAUAAUAAUUUACGAUCUUUCUUGUCUCUCCUUGUUUCUCCUUAUCUCGCUUCAAUUUCCCUCUUAGCUGGAAGGAAUCCUGUCGCGAUGAAAAUAUCCUAGACGCCAUGUUGAUCACGGAACCGCGUUAAGAAACUGGUAACGAGUAAACAAUGGAGCUGUACUCGCUUCUUAUCCUUCCUUUGAUUGGCUCUACGCUUGCAGCCCGGCCAAUGGAAACAUUGAGUGCGGUUGAUCUUGAAGGUUUUUUAAAGAAAAUGGCGGAUUUUCUACAAAAUUACAGACUUUUGUACAAAUCUCUUGAAGUAUUAAAUGUACCAACCCUUUCAGUGAUUUUAGACGGUUUUUUUGAAAUUAAUAUCCAAAACAGGACGUGCAUACCGUAAAAAAAUGCCGAAUUCUAGUUCCAUCGUUCGCUUGAACCAUGUUUUCCAAUGUAACCCUUAGUCUUAUGUAGUCAAAACUCUUGAUGUGCAGAAAUCUCCAUCAUACUUUAGGUCAAAUCAAGCGUAGUUUGGCUCGUUUAGGAGCUUUUUUUUUCCUUUUUUUGUGAGUUCCAUCAGAUAUUCGCCAGUUUUUGUCAUCGCAUAUAAGGUGCACGAAAUGUCCAAGCGACGCUUUUUACUUUUACUCUACGCACUAAGUUAUCGGUGGAAUUUAUUCAGAGAUGUGCCGUAGUUGUGACUUCCUAACCAUUUCGCGCGUCGUUGAAGAUCACAUCAUCGAUAAACAUUAUAUUGGACUAAGAGUUGGUGAAAAAUAUUCGUUCUUCUUUGCGAACGUGCUUCCACCACAAAGGUUGUUCGCAGACGCCACAAGUAUACCUCGAAGAAAUUUCGAUCCUAGUGAAGAAAGUGGAUCUUGUAAAAUAUAUUUUUUACGCUACGACGGAGAUAUUGGGAUUUUUCCCUAUAAAGUAGUACCUCGACUAGCGCGAAAAGUCAAGCUGGUCGUAGCUUAUGUAGAAUGCCAUGAGUGCAGAAACCGUGUCCCAUCGAGUGUUGUCACCAUGUACCCUGUUUGACGGGUAAGAAAUACAGCGCAUUUUAGCUCAUUCCCUUACUUUAUUGCACUUUUGCAUCUAUUGAUCACUAAAUGUUUAACGUGGUUUAAAAAUCUUUAAAUUACACGGCGAACCGUUCCAUAUAAUAACUGAACGAAAGUUUUUUUUUUAUUUUUUAUGUUUAAAGUAGGUAUUUUUGGAGCUACAGUAGUUGUCGAGUAUAGUAGUAUAUAUAUUGGCGUUUGUUGUUCAAUAAUUACUCAAAAACUCAGGAAGUUAAUAACUGCAUUGAAUUUGUUGUUAUGUAUGUAAUGAAGUAAUAAAUAGCUAAGGUUUUAAUUAAAUGUUCGAGAAGGUGAUAAGUUUUGUUCAGGUAAUGUUACAGUAAGUCAAGUAUGAAUAAGCCAUGGUGUUACACGAAAACUUUUGUAAUCUGAGGGUUAAGUACAGCCAUGCCUUAAAUUUUGCUUUCGGAAAAUCAUAAAGCUUGUUUUGGCAAUAAUAUAAUUAAAGAUAGUUUGUAUGUUUGAGUAGUGGCGCCCUCAGUGACAUUGCUGUUUUUUGGAUUUCUUGCAGGUCAGUUGACUGUGCAGGGAUUUGUCUGCCCCUGCCAUUUACUAGACUGGGCAGACGGGGCUCGUAGCCAUGGCAGGCAGCCUGUCUAGGAGACGGAAAACUCUGAUUUCAAACCCGGGUAGGUUGGCACUCGUCAGCCCUGGAAGGCAACCACCUAAGGGACGGAAAACCCUGACAGAAAACCAAUCAGCCCUCCAGGACUGGGGGUUAGACUUUAGGCUAAUAGCCCAGUCCUAUAAAAAAUAACUAUUGCGGAAACCGAAGACAUUCUGAGUAGCUACACUAACACUAACACUACAUUGAUUUAGAAAGCAAAGGAAACAAUAAUAUUGAAGUUUACAACAAAUCGAGCCAUAGGUAAUUGUAAUAAGAAUUUUUUACUCACAGUAAAUAUUGCAUUAGUGAGUUUCUUGCAUUUUGUUAUUGACAUAAUUAAUUGCUAAUAGGACUUCGUGUCGUACAAUUCAGGGGUAAUCGUGGUCGUAAUUUCAAUCAUCCUCGCGCUACGCUACGCGCUCGGCCAAUUAGAAAUUACUCACUCACAGAGAUGUCUAAACUAAAAGCAACAAAUAAUCAUGCACAUUUUACCAAGUUGCCAGCAGAUCUAUGGAAAAUUCCAUAUACACAUGUCUGGAUCUAUUAAAACUGAACAUCUCGCAUUUUGCUGUGUUACUGGAAGAUCUAUGGAAAUUUCUAUGUACACGUCUGGAUCAAUUAUAAGUAUAAACAUCUUACAUAUUACCGUGUCAGUAGAAGAUCUUUGGAAAUUUCCAUACACGUUUCUGGGUCAAUUAUAAGUAAACAUCUUUCAUUUUGGCAUAUUAAGAGAAGAUCUCCGGAAAUUUCCAUACACAUGUCGGAAUCGAUUAUUACGGAACAUCUCGCAUUUUUCCACCUUAUUGGAAGGUCUAUGGAAAUUACUAUGCACAUGUCUAGAUCAACUGUAACUGAACAUCUCUUAUUUUGCCAUGUCAAUAGAAGAUCUAUGGAAAUUUCCAUGCACAUGUCUGGAUCAAUUGUAACUGAACAUCUUUUAUUUUGCCGUGUUAAUAGAAGAUAUAUAGAAAUUUCCAUACACAUGUCUGGAUCGACUGUAACUGGACAUCUCACAUUUUUACAUGUUACUGAAAGAUCUAUGGAAAUUUCCAUGCAUGCGCCUGGAUCAAAUGGUAACUAAACAUCUUUCAUUUUGCCAUGCCUGCAAGGUACAUGGAAAUUUCCAUACACAUGUCGGGAUCAAUUAUAACUAAACAUGUUACAUUUUACAUCUCGCAUUUUUCCACGUUACUGGAAGAUCUAUGGAAAUUUCUAUGCACAGGUGGAUCAACUGUAACUGAACAUCUUUGGAAAGAUCUUUGGAAAUUUCCAUGUACAUAUCUAGAUCAAUUAUAACUGAACAUCUUCCAUUUUGCCAUGUUAAUGGAAGAUCCAUGGAAAUCCAUAAACAUGUGUAGAGCUAUUGCAACUGAACAUCUCACAUUUUUCCAUGUUGCUGGAGAAUCUAUGGAAAAUUUUUAUGCACACAUCUGGAUCAAUUGUAACUAAACAUCUCACAUUUUUCCAUGUUACUGGAAGAUCUAUGGAAUUUUUAUGCACACGUCAAGAUCAAAGAUAACUGAACAACUUCUAUUUUGCCAUUUUAAUAGAAAGUCUAUGGAAAUUUCCAUAGACAUGUCUGGAUCAAACAUGACCAAGCAAAUUCUAACAUUUUUAAAAAUGUACAUUACUAGAUAUUUGUAGAUUUAUGGAAAUUUCUACACACAUGUCUGGAUUAACCUUGACCUAAUGGGCAAGUUACACUUUUUCAUGUUAUUGUUAAUUAAAUAUUGGUAUCUAUAGAAAUGUUCAAAGUCCUCUAUGUCUGACCAAAAUAAUUGAAUACCAGUAUAUUGCAUUUUAUCAACUCAGUAAUUAUAGGCAUGUCCAAAAAUUGUCAUCUCACACACGUUGGUACUAAAAUGACCUUAAAUAUCUUACAGUUUACACAAUUACUAUAUCAUCAAGAAAUAAGUAGACCUAUAGAUUGAAGUUUCAAUGGAAAGUCUAUAUCUACAUAUAAGCAUGAACAUGCAUUUCACCUUUUUUAACUCUUUGUACCUCCUUAAGUACUAUGCAGACUCCUUUCUUCGUUUAUUGUUCUCGUCCAACUCAAUAUCAAAAUAAAGUACACUUUCUUUAGGAAUUUGAGUGGAAGUCCAUCCAGGCCAUGAUACCCACUUAACUUUGUAGCUACCCUUAAGCCACUGCAUAAUGAAGAAGGAGUUAGUGAUCUCUCUUACUUUGGCCAGAUGGGGAGGUUUGUAGUUGCCGUCAAGAUUAACCACAACAAUGCUACCUGAUAGAACUCCUUCAAAGUUAUCCACCUCAGUAACUUCAGCAAUUGGCCUUCUAUAGGCUCCUCUAUACACCUGCAUGUAAACAAAUUGUAAAGUCAAUUUAUCAGCAUGACUAUUCAAUUCAAAAGACAAUAAUGUUUAAGUUUUUGGAUAGGCAAGUGUGUGUUUAGUCACAUCAACAAAAUUCAGCUGUGGCUGACACGACUCAAUAAAACACAUGAUGGAAAGGUUUGGUGGGCAUAUAUACUUCAAGGAAAAUAGCUAUGUUUGCAUAAGUAGGAGGCUUGCCUUGCAUGAUGCCAGUAACAAAAUGUAAAAUCCUUACACAACAACUGAGCAAAACAGGUAUUUAUGAAGAGUACACUUAAUUGAAAGUACUGCUGGGAUUUUUUUGUUUUUACUCAUUCUUCGUUGCACAGCAGAUUCCACUUACUUUCACUAUGGUUAACCACUGGUCUGGAUCGGGGCUAACUGGUUUCCAGUUUUCCUGUUUAUCACUUCUUGUAUUGCAUAACAACUUUUCCAGAUGAAGCUUUAGUGAAUUUAAAUGCAUGUGGGUUUGAAAUGUUGUGAAGUGUGGUUGAAAAGGAUGACAUCCACUCCUUUACAGCAAACCCAUGCUCAACCUCCACAGCCUUUGGAGAUGGAGUGUAACAUCUCUCAAAGGAUGUCAUAAGCUCUACAAAGUAAGGAGACAAAAAUGUUUAGAUAACGGAUCAAUCCGUUUUGUCAGGAGAGGAUACACAUUGGUCAAUUGAAGGGUUAAAACAUAACUGUAUGAUCAUAUUAAUCGUGCACAUCACUCCAACUGCAAAUAUUUCCUUUUUGGCUGUUUGAUUGGAUACACCAGCCAGUGUAACAUUAAGGUCAACUGGCAGAUGGUGAAAUUUUGAAAGAGAAAUUCAUAACAAUUAUUUUCCAAACUAAAAGUUGAAUGCAGUCAUCAUAACAGUACCUUUGAAGCCUGUGAGAUAUGAUUUAAUAUGACUAUGAAUUAACAAUAACAUAUGUGUAAAAUUUGGCAGUAGAAUCAUCUCAACAAUGUAAAUAUAGCUCAGUAAUCUGCAGCAUUAAUGAGCUAGUUCUGCCACUUAACUAUUCUUAAAGAGAGUUUUCUUCUCAACUUAGUAUAAUGAAAAUGAAAUUCUGGUUCUUACUUGUCAAACAUCUGGUCAACCAGAUGAGUGUGCCCAACCAUUAUGAAAUUUAGCAGGUAAUUUAGUGUUAGCAACUGGGUUGAAAACUUAAAUUAGCCACCGUCAAGGGUAAAAAAGCUGACGUUUCGAGCGUUAGUUCUUCGUCAGAGCGAUUGGAUCGCUAACGCUCGAAACGUCAGCUUUUUUUACCCUUUACGGUGGCUAAUUUACGUUUUCAACCCAGUUGUUAACACUAAAUUACCUGCUAUACUCUCCCACCGACGCAGCACCACAGUUUCUUUAGAAACUUACCCCUUUAUUCAUUAUGAAAUUUAGUCUCACCUGCAAAGAUGAAAUUUGGACUUAAAGGAAUUUCUUUGCUCAUGCGUGAUCGGGGCAAUACCCAGUAAAAUGUCACAUAUUAAUUGUAAACUAUUAAAACUAACUGUGCAUUCAAAUGUGUCACUUUUAAAAAUUCAUUUCCUUAUGAGAAGUACAAUUAUCGUACCUUAUCAAGCUUCACAAGAAGAGCUAAAAAGUUAAGCACAAACUGAUUUUUAUUUUCCCUCCAGCAGUUGUUCAUUUGUAGGCAAAGGGUAUCUGGUAGGUCCUCUCCCGUGCUUUGUAAUUCCAGGAGUAAUAUAUUUAUGGUGAGGUUUACAUCAUGGGGAAAUUGGAAAAAGUCAAAAUAGCCUUAAGGCUGCUCCCAUGGUUUAACACACCAGUCAAAUGAGUGCGCAAUUUUCUUACAUUAGCAUAUGAAUGAGCAAUAACCACUAAUCAUGGAAGUAGAAGCUUUGCCUGAUCCAUGCCGUCUUGUGCAAUACAUGCAUACUGUUGUGGAUACUUCUUAGCUUUGUCUCUGUGGUGGUAAUAUACUUUUACCUCUUUCCAAUAAAAAUAUAUCAUAUGACAGAUAAAUCUGGAAGCAAUCAACAAAAAUAAUAUGUCUUUGAAGAAAUUAACACUUACAGUUGAAGAUCAUCGUGGAAAUCAAACAGCUUGUCUAGGUACUUUUUUACAUCCCUGUCUCGAGCUCUUCUCCUCACCCAGUACUGUGCAGUAAUCACACCUUGUAAAUCAGUUUACCUGCAGUAAACAACUAUUAAUUUACGCUGAAAACUAACAGUUCUUGUGGAAUUAUCUAACCAUUUUAGAGAUAUUGCUUUGCUGCAGAGCAUCAAUCAAAGCAGUGAAGCAGAUUUUAAGUUCUCAAUAGAAAAUCUGAAGAAGCAUGAAAAUUCCAUCCCAUCCAGGGAUUUAACAUAAAUCCUUCUUCUCGACAUCUUAAUAUAACAAUUAUACAUAAGCAUCUAAAAGUAAUAUUAUAAAUACUAGUGUUUCGCAUCACCUUGGGUAUUUUAACAAAGGAAACACAUCCCUCAAAAGACAGCAAAAUGUAUUGUUAUGAAUGACAUCUUCAUUCUCAUCUUUUAUAUCUGUUUUCAAAUAACCAUACAUGAUGGUUUUGUUCAAAAAGCUUGCAAGAUGCAAUAUACCGGUAUCAGGCAUCUUAUCGCCAAUCUGUGUCAAAUGAGAAAGAUUUAGAGCAAACAAACAAAUAACUGAAGUUCAGUUUACUGUGCUUUAUGUUUAACUAUGGUUAAGUACAGGAGUUCAAAGGAAUCAGUGCAAUGUAUUGUGAGGGAUACCUUAACAAGUUUGCAUUGACAGACUUACAUCUAGUCAUACCAAAUGAAAUUCAAGCCUUUUCAUCAUAUUCCAUUGUUCUUUUAGGAACGGGGAGGGGGGGGCCCAUAAGAUUAGCCACAUUUGUCAGGUCUGUAUAUAUACUAUGGUUUAUUGAAGAAAAAGUUUAAAUAAGGCUUUAAGUCAAUCAGUGCAGUCAGUACCUUUUGGAAGAAUGCUUCCAUCCAAGUUUCAGCCAUCAGCGUCUUGUGCGUGAGGUUCUUGCUGCCUGAUGUUUGCAAAAAUCUGACACCAGCGCGAAAAUUUCGAAACGUUUCAUUCAACACUGCUGUGCUAAGUCCAAGCACCACGCGGUAUGCCGUACUGCAUACUUUGUAACCACUUAGGUAAAAAGGGAUGCUUUGAAGGUCACUAGAAAACAAACAUGAGGAAUCCUGGCUGAAACCUUAUCAAAGAAUGGCUACGAAUACGUUUUAUUUAAUUAAGGCUGAUUUAUGAUUUAGACAAUCUACAAGAAGAAACCCCCGAGUACCUACAUAUAACCAGGAAAUUGAUGUCUUAGUUGUCCCAUGUCUUAUUCGAUGUGGCUAAUAGUCUGUCAGCGCUACUAUAGGACAUCAUAAAAUGUACUGUACCUUUCAUUUGGCUUGGCAUGCAUCCAUAGCCAAUCAAGCACGAUUUGCCUUUUUUGCAAUGAGUUUUUGCCCUGAAGAUUCGUACGUAUUAUGCACAUCUCUGCAAGAUCCAUGGCUUGCAGACAUUUCUCGCCACAACAUCCAGAUUUUGUUGCUAUGAAUAUAAAAAACCCAAAAGAAUUGAUAAAUAUCUCGUAACUUGUGGGUCGAUAUUAGCCGAAGUCUCAGAGGGUCUAAAGUCACUUCCUAAAUCCCUUAUUAGACGUGCGCGAGCGCCCUUGGAUCGUCUCAGAAUCAGGCUAAAUCAUAGCCUUCAUGCCUUUAGCAAUCGCUGACUGUCGUUAAAAACAAAACGGCGAACGGCAGAAAACAAAACAUCGAAGCAGCCUCUUUUCCUCUCUCUACCGAAAGAGAAACAACACUUUUACCCUUCCUCAUUCCUUUUGCUUUAUGUGACAAGCCAGCAAAAAAAUUAAUAUUGGCUGAUUGUUUUUUUGUUUGUUUGUUUUUUUUUUCCAGUCGUUUCGCUGCUGGCUGUUUAGUGUUUACGUUCCGUCUGUAAUGGCUAUUUCGAACCCAGUCUCUCUGUUAAACGUCACACUAUGUCGUGAUACUUUCUUAUAUAAAUACCAUAUUUAAUCGAUUAAACGCCGCCCUCGGAUAAACGCCGCCCUCGGAUAAACGCCGCCCUCGGAUAAACGCCGCAUUUUAGAGUAGAAAUAUUACUAACGCGGCCCUCAAAUAAACGCCGCAUCAUGAUGCGGCGUUUAUUCGAAUAUUAGCAUCAAAAAGCACACAGCGAUCAUUGCUUCGAUCGCAGUUGGAAAUUUUGAGUGAACCAGACGCAAAUCCUUUUGAAUAUACUAGUUCUGAUGUCGAGAGAACAUAUCCGACAUAAGAUCUUAUUCACUUCAUGUAUUGCAGUAGUAUUGACUAGCAAAUUUUGAGAUUGAGAACAAUAUAAAAAAUGACAUUCAAGACAAGCACUGAAACAUGUUUUUUUUUUUAAUCAAAAUGGUCUGUUACCAUACUAUUGUUUGCAAAUAAUAAAUUGGAUUUUAAAUAAACACCGCCUUCUCAUAAACGCCGUCUUCGAAUCAAGAAAAAUUUAAUAAACGCCCCGGCGUUUAAUCGAAUCAAUGUGGUAGUACAAUUAUAACUUUGGCAUUAAGAGCCUCACCUUCUUUCAAGUUAGCAGCAUGACUCUUCGCACGAUUGCGACCUCUAGGUUUUGUCACUUUGCGAACUUUCCCUAUGGCAGAAACGUGUCUCUUUUCUUUCACAUGGUUCGAAAUAUCAACAAUUCAUAUUUUAUCAUCACUGCUUGCAUAAUAUGGUAAAGAUUACAACUAAGACGAUAUGAUGAAACUCUCUAAAUUGCAGAAAAAUUUUCUUUUCGUUAGAAACUAUAAAUCAGGACUAAAAAUGAUGUAAAUCUAUUACAUCAUCUGGUCAUGCAAUCCUCCACCUUCCCCUUUCCCGUUUCAUUUUCUUAGUAAGAAAAGUAUCAUAAACUGGGCGCUUCUUGUCACAAUUCUUGUUUACAUCCAAACAUUUAUCAAAAUAUAUAAAAAUUAAAAUUCGCUUCCAAAGCUUUCUUCAGUAACAGAUGUUUUUACCAAAAAAAAAAUUUCGGCGAAAUUUGAAAGAAUCGAGAGUGACAGAGGCUCUUCUGCAAUCGAACUAGAGUAAUCCGUAUCCAUUGCCGUUCAUGCGUUCCUAUUUUCAAAAAGUUAACGAUUUCCUCGAUAGCGUAACGCUGUCAUGAAAUUUCAAAACUUCUACGUCAUUAAGCAUACAAUAUUACUUCUUAUGGGUGUGCAUAUUAACCAAUAAACAAACGAUACAGGUUAAAUUAUCUCAGCUCAAAAAGGUCGACGGACAAGGGAGUUACUACAUCACGGGCGACGAGCGGGGAUAGAAAAAACGACCCAAAUAUGAGCGGUCAGCGGUGAAACAGCUUUUAUAAUUCAUAUAGAGACAUAUAAUUUGUUGUUCCAGAGACAAUCGUGUUGUAAAGCCGAAAUGUUAACAGUUUACUUCACAGUUUAAGCAAUUUUUCAAAAGUGUUGAUUGAACUCAUAUCUUUUACUGCUUUAAUAAACAAUGGAGGCUUCGGAGAGGGAGUCAGUGGCAUUCGGAAAGGCGCCAAGAAUAAUUAUAUAUAUGGUUUGUAGCUAGCUGCGUGACGUGCGUGACGAAAAAAAGUAUCAUGAUUUCCGGUUGAUCCAUCCAGAGGUUGCGAAAAGAAAUAUAAACUUUAACAGUGCAAUAGCGGGAUUUCAGCCUGGUUGGCUUGUGGACAAGGUGCUUUUUUUUUUUAUUAUUAACAUAGAGUGUCUUCUCCAUACAACUUUCCUCCAUGAAAUGCUCUCCUUUUUCAUUUUUUCAAAGGUUAUCGAAGCAGUUCUGUGGCGCCUGACAUUAAUCCACCGAGAUAUUUUUGUGGCAGACACAACUAUGGCUGAAAUGGUAAAGUGACAUUCCAGCACUCGCUUGCUUUGGUCAGGAGAGAACUUUACCCAGAUUUCUAAAAUAUUUAUACCCAUGAACAAGUCUGGAAAUCACUGGACACUUCUGGUUAGGACCUUACGAUAAUAAUCUUUUUGAAUAACGCACUUUAAUCAAGAACCUUUUAACUGGACUUUGCAUUAUAAAUAAAUCUUAAAGCACUCUCUUGCUUAUGUUUUAAAGGUUCUGGGUCGAAAGCAGAAAACCGGAUAUUAUUUCGAUCCCAUGAAUGGGCGUGUACACACCAUUUUGAGCAAAAAACACAAACGAAAACGAAACGAAAUCAGGUGAGAUAGAACAAAACUAAAGGAAUAAUGCAGAUAUAUUUUCUAACAAGGUAAAGAAAACUUUCACAAGGAAUUUGGAGUAAUCGUUCAUUAACAAGAAGGAUUUCUAUUCAUUUCGCAAAAUAGUAAUUUUAGGAGCGUUACUAUUUUGCGAAAUGGAAUUUUUCACUCUGCGAUGACAACGUGACCUCUUCCAUGUCACAAAAAUACAUUUAAACAUUACAAAUUAGUAUAUCAUCGAAGAUUUUGGCCUCCUCAUUUCUUAAACCGUAUUAAAAUGUAUUUCGUAAAAUAGUAAUUUUAGGAGAGUUACUAUUUUGCGAAAUAGACAAUUUUUACCCAGCGGUGACUAACGUAACCUCUUUUAUGUCAUAAAAAUACAUUUAAACAUUAAAAAUUAGUAUAUCAACGAAGAUUUUGGCCUCUUCUUAUUUCUUAAACCGUAUUAAAAUGUAUUUCGCAAAAUAGUAGUUUAGGAGAGUUACUAUUUUGCGAAAUGGACUAUUUUCACCCUGCGGUGACAACGUGACCUCUUUCACGUCACGAAAAUACAUUUAAACAUUACAAACUAGCAUAUCACCGAACAUUUUGGCCUCCUCUCAUUUCUUAAACCGUAUUAAGUUGAGAGUUGCUAUUUUGCGUGACCUCUUUCAUGUCACGAAAAUACAUUUAAACAUGACAUUUAGGUAUAUUCUCAAAGAUCUUGGUCACCUCCUCUUUAAUGUAGUAAUUUCUAAACUAAUUGAAUGUAGUAAUUCCGAAAAAUGUUUAUUUUGCGAAAUGGAUUAUUUACACUCGGCGGGCGGGAACUCGAGAAUAAGGGCGAAGGGAUUGUUGCAGAUUCUCUUGAACUUCACAAUGUUUGGAUGUUUCAACUCUUGAAUGAUUCUUGCUUUCUUUACAAACGUUUUCUUAUCCAAUAUUGUACGAUCUUUAGUUAACACACUCCAUGUUGGAUAGAACAUGUUUAUUACAAAACGUAGGUCCGCACUGCGUGCGGAGGAAUGGAUACUACAUCCCUCCCAAACUAACAAAAGAUUGUAACUCUAAGCGAAAGUUCAAUCUUAUAACGAAACUAAAAUCAACUGUCAAUAAGUGUCUUUUUUAAGUUAGCACAUAGUCUUUCAAAUGUAAGGGCCAAUCAAUAAGGGCCAAGGAAAAAGGCCAAUCGGGCAGUUAUGCCAAGAAAAAGGGACUUUAGUUACCUCUACACGCAAUUUGGUAAGGAUAGGUAUGGUGGACAGGGCGUUAUGAUGUUUGAAAGACUUGCCGAAAGGCUUGAACAAUACAAGAAAGACAACCCUGAAGCUACUACUUGUUACCAGAUAUAUGAAGGUGAUAAUACGCCUCUCAUAAUUGCUAUUGUAACGCCUCUCAUGAACCGUGUACACAAGGAAGUGCAGCAGUCUGGUGAGAUGGUUUUUGUUGAUGCUACUUCUAAUACAGAAGAUCACAAUCUUAAAGUGUUUUUAAUGGGCAUAAACAAUGUGUCUGGAGCACUUCCACUUGGCAUCUUGAUCACCAGUGAUGAGCAGGAGCGUACACUUAAACAGGGUUUUGAAAUGCUUCGGUCCUGUUUACCAGAGUAUGCAUUCAAUGAUCGUGGUCGGGAACAAGGCCCCCAAGUCAUCCUUACAGACAACUGUAAAGAGGAAAGAAAUGCUCUGAAGUCUGUUUGGCCAACAUCUGUUUUACUUCUUUGCAUCUUCCACAUGCUCCAACAACUUUGGAGAUGGCUUCACGAGAGCAAGAACAGUAUCAGCCAAGCAGAUAGACCCUAUUUUCUCACCCUUUUCAAGAGGUCCUUAUAUGCCGAGACAAAACAAGAUUUUGAGAACUGCUUCAGUGAACUUUUGAAUGAUGGCCGUUGCAAGAAAUACCCAAAUCUAGUCAGCUAUUUGCAAAAUCUAUACAAUGACAAAGAAUCUUUUGCUCUAUGCUUUAGAACUGAACUGCCUGUUAGAGGUAACCACACCAACAAUUUUGCCGAGGCUCAGUUUUUGAUUCUUAAGGAUGUAAUUCUGCAGCGCACCAAAGAGUACAAUGUUGUUGGGCUUCUAGACAAGCUGACUAUUGAUCUAGAAGAUCACUACAAGAAUAAGCUCCUUAGUAUUGCUGAUGGGAGUUUUGAUGGUGUGUACAGACAUCGGUUCUUUGGCAAAAGGAAAGACGGAAGCACAGGGUCCCCGAUAAAAAGAUCUUGAUGCCUACCUCUCAACUGUAGAGAACUUUGGCAAUAAUGUAUUCAAAGUUGGAAGCUCUUCAGAUAACAGUCACAGGUCAGUAGCGUUUUUUCUUAGCCGUCACAAUAGCAUAACGCUCUGAUGGUACAAGAGGGCAUGUGUGGGUGGGCAUUAUUUUCCUAUCUUUCCCCCAUUGUCUGAUUCAAAUUAUCUUGAUAGGGGAAGCAGUGCAGGGGGGGAAGGGGGCAGUGUUUCUAGGCUCCUCCCCUUUGGAGCAAAAAUAAAUAAAACAUGGGGACAUAACAUUAUAGAGAUAUAUAUAAGAGCAAGUCCUUACUCUGCUGUUAGGAAUAUUUCCAUUAAUAUCUUAGUGGAUCAACCAGUUGAAGGUCUAGAAUGUAUCUAUUACAGAUUGAAAAAACAAAAAUUCCAGUUGUAUUGAGAUAUUUAUGAAUUGUCUCAUUGGUUCUUUGUCAGUUAUACAGUGGAUAUGACUCUUAGGAUAUGUACCUGCAUGGUUGGUAAAGACGGGAGCCCAUGCAAACACCAGUAUGUCCUGUGGGUGGAAAAUCUAGCAGACUGCAUAAACUUCAUUCUAGUCAGUAAUCCACAUGAGAGGCAGAAAUUGGCCUGGCUAGCAAUAGGAAAGACACUUCCUGUUGCUUGUUAUAAGCCAUUACAAUCUAGUGAUGCUGGACAAACAUCACAAACUGAUGGUUCUAAUGGUUUUGUAACAGAGGCAUCCACUAGUAUGGAAACAGUACAACAAGGGCCAAACUGCUUAACUGCUGAACCAAUACAGAGCAAUGAUGAUGAGGAUGAACAUUCCACUGAACCAAUACAGAGCAAUGAUGAUGAUGAGGAUGAUUCCAGUGCAAAUGCUGAACAAUUGUUGAGAAACUCUUGUGAACAAAUAAUUCAAAAGCUCCAAAGCUCAAGAGACCUUAAUUUGGCUAAAGGUGUAAUCAGGUUCGCAAAAAGGGUAACAUCCUUAACCGCUGCUAGAUCUAUGCAUUCUAAUUUGGCAAGCGCUUUUUUUUCUUUUGGGUCCAGUGAGGUGAAAAAAACCGGAAAUGGAAAAAAGAUCCAAGUCCAGCCCAACAGAAAACGAAAGUGUGGUAGUGGAAGCCGUCAGGUUGUAUCAAAAGGGCAACCAGUACAACUAAAAGAACCAACCUCCAAGAGGAAGCGCACCCAUGACUUGGCUAAAGCAGUACAAACAAACACUAAAAGUGGUAAGAAGUCUGGGUCCCAUACUAUGAAAUCCAAGACAAAGCACAUGCAAAGGAAAAAAUAGGAAAACAGAGAAACUUAGUGAAUAAACAAUGGAAUAUUUGCAUAAUGUUUAACAUAGAGGGAAAUUCACUCAAGGCAAAUUGCCUAGAUUAAAAACCUCUCUCCUUGGAUCUGCCCCUGAACAACAAAGUUAUUAAAAAGAUUGAGGUUUUGACAUUGUAAAUAAGUUUUAAUUCAUUCUUUCCUGUUAAAGUCUAACACAACAUUUGUAAUGAUUUAAAAUUUGGUUUGAACAGUAACAUGAUGUACAUGUGCCAGAACUUAUGGAUUCUUCCAUGGGUUCAGAUAAUUGGUACGAUGCCAUACAACCGUAUAGUACUCUAGCCAAUUUCAAACACUUUUAAUUUGAUUAUAUUUUUGUUCAAGUGAAACCUUGUGGGUAUGAAGGUUUGUUUGCUGAUAUCCUGAUUGAAGAAAAUUAUAAGCAAAGUUCAGCCAUUGAUUCACAUGGGGCGCUAACUAAUACUCAGGUAAAUUAAGGCCUGGGCCUCCAGUUAUUUCACCCAAAAAGUGGGGGGGGGGGUCUAUCUUCUGAAGAUUAAGCUGUACAAACGUAAAACUUUGAAAAGAUUGAAGGUUUGAAAUUGUAAAUAAGUUUUAAUUCAUUCUUUCCUGUUAAAUUCUAACACAACAUUGUCAUGAUUUAAAAUUUGGUUUGAACAGUAACAUGAUGUACAUGUGCUGCAAUGACCACAAUUAAUUUCAAAAAUCGAUAAUAAUAAUUUAAAAACAAAAACAAUUAUGUAUUAUAGAUUGAUCCAAUAGUCCUUUCAAAUCAUCUCUAGUUAAAAUCACUAAAUGCAGGAUAGGUUAAUUAAACAUGUGACUUUUGGUGUCUUAUAAGAUUUCGUUUCUUUUGACAAUGAUCACACUUGUAACUGUCUUUAUGUUUCUUGUCUUUAUGCCUCUUUAGCUUUUGCUCAUGGUCAAACGAUUCAUUGCAUUCCUCGCAAAUGCACUCAUGACAACCUUUCUGGUGGUAUUUGAAGUCCUUCUCCCUUGUGAACUGGGUGCUUCAGGUUGGACAUUUUUUUAUCUCUGCUAUUCCCAUAUCAAGGUCUUCCCUCAAGCUCUGUGCUUUAUCUUUCCAGUCCUAUUAAGAUCAUAGCAUGAUAUUUUAAAAGGGGGGAAAUAUAUUAGGGAACAAUCGUGUAUUUUUGAUCCCCCCUAUUUUUUUUAUAUAAACUAGAUUGCAAAGACAGUUUUUUUCACCCUCUAUCAUAAUUUUUUGAGGAUAAUACCCCCUUGCCCCCCCCCCCUUUCCUCAAAACCUGGAUCCGCCGUAGGUUAUUUCUAAUUAAAAUUUAGGUUAAAUUAAUCGGUACAUUAUAAUGGGCCUUGCUAUCCCCUAGGUAUAUUUAAGAGUUCUGUCUGGAAAAAUAAUAAGUCUGAACAUUAUAUUACAAAAUUGACAUUCAGCUUGAGGUCCCAGCUUGAUUCAAGAUCAACAUUCAUAACCUAAAAUACUUUUAAUUGGAAAGUUUGACGAGAACAUUUACACUCUCGGUCCUUACAAAGUUAGCCACGUAAACCACAUAGCAGUCCACUGAAAUGGGGCAGGGUUAAUACACAAACAUCCGCAAUGUUAGAAGUUUAUAACUAACCUUUCGUCUGUCUGUCGGCAAUUUCGGGAAACCUGCCCGAUUCCUGCCCCCUUUCCAAGUUGUUCCUUGACAUCUGGCUGUGGAAUGAUACAAAGUACGAGGAAACUAUAUCAGCUUAUAUCGAAUGUAAUUUCAAGGCCUACAAGAAUAACAAAUACAAGUGCAACACUUAUAGAUAAGAUAUUUGUUAAUGACAUAAACGAAAAUUUUAGAUGCGGUUUAUUUUUCACUGAUAUUUCUGAUCGCUUAAUCUUAAUCACUUGUAAUCGGAUGUAAAGGAUGUAAGGGAAACAACAUGUUUUAGACUAUUUGAACAAGCACUUUAUCCAGGCUGGAAAUGAUUGAAUAUUUCGGGAAAUACAAAACAAACUCACCGCAACUGACUGCAUAAAUGAGUUCCACCCCGUUGGCUUCUUAAUUGAUUUUUGUUUUGUUUCUGCACAAGAAGAAUGGGUUCGUUCUGUUUCAGCUGGCUCAACUCUCGCGCACGUGGAUUGCUCCUCCAUCUUAUAAACAACACUGCCCGGAAGUGACGUCCGAGCGUGCCAACAGCGUACGAGCUAUUCACGAGGGCUGUCGUCUGCUCGGCUAGUUUUAAAAUUGGCAUCGACCGUUUCAAAUGGCAACGACCGUUCUGAGAAAUGGCAUCAACCGUUUACGAAAGGGAAAUUUGCCUCGCCGACGUCUCUACUUGAUUUUAUACGUCGGCGAGUUGGCGUCGGCGAGUUGGUCCGUCGACGAGUUGACUGGUUACCCUCUAGGCCCCCUAACCCUCUAGGUUGUCCCCUUCAAGCCUUCUUUGGCUGCAUUUCCAAAGUUUCUUGUGCAAUUUAACACCGUGCAAAGUGGAUCUUUGUAACAAAUACACAACUGAGUGAUUGUCACAUGAUCUCAUAGAAACAGCUACAUGGGAGGCUAGGCUUUUUUAGACUUGCAUGUAGAUACAUUUCUUUAUAAAUUCUCAUCAAUGGACUUCCCAGUUCUUGGAGCGUUUAGGUGAUUGAUUCUGGAAUCCCGCCCCUCAAAAUUGCUAAUUCCUGUGUCCUGCUCACAGUAACAAUCCCACAUCUUGCUCCCUUCUUACUCUAAAUUCCUGGAUCCCGGCCUUCAUAUGAGCCAAAUCCUGGACCCCAAAAAACCCUAUUGGGGACCCUCUUUACUAAUAUGUUUUUCCAUGAUUGAAGUUUAAAGUAAGGAAGUCAUUACUGUGACUACCAUAUGUUAUUCUGUAUGUAAAAUAUGUAAAACUUUGAAAACUUCUGAAAUGAACAAUAUCAUUUGGGUGAAAAUAGAUAAACUUACAUCUAACGGUGAGCAAAGACUUCAAUGUAUCAAUUCUGGUUGAGAAAAUCAUCACCCACUGUAAAGGCUCUUUUAAGUUGAGGGAAUGGACUAAGAACAAACAUUUAUGAUCAGGAUCAUGAUUGAUUGUGUAGGCCAUCAAGAUUAUGGGAUUGAAAUAAAAUUUUAGCACGGAUCGCAGGAUGGACGAAGCCUACUAAGGACCCUCUGUGCAUAGAAAGUUAGAGAACCAUCAUAUUUUUUGCAAAAUGGUACUAGCUUGAUUUCAAGUGCAUCCCCCUUAGGGCGAGUGAAAGUUUUAGUCUUUGAAAAGUACAAGGGCUCAUAUACACCAAAUUGCAUGAGAAAUCAUGUCAAUUUGAAGCAAAGGGCAAAGUUCCUUUUGUUACUUAGAAUCAAACCCAUAUUCAAUCUCUAAAUGAGUUUAUUUUAUUAUCAUUUUCAUAUUUUAACCCAAGAUAUACGCAGACAAGUUUGCAGAACGAGAGAUGAUGACCCUUCGGGUUUUUUGUCAAGCAAAUAGAAAAAAUGAAUGUCUUUGGUAAGGAACUCUUGGGAAGUUAGAGGUAUUUCCUCUUGAGUUUGUCAGAAAAUAAGGUUGUUAAACCAAAGUUUCCUAAGAAGGAAAACAGAUAGAAAGCAGUUGCUUUGCAAUUUGGAAAAUCUCUUUUGUCUUUAUGUUGCUGAAUUGGGAAUGUGAACUUUGUGAGAAUUGUUAAUAGUAACGGCAAUAGAGUGGAUCCUUAUUUUAUCAAUUAUUAUUUAAUAGGAAAUAUAAUUAGAAAAUGACAUAAUUAAAGCUAAUUCAACAAUCAACUCAGUUGAAAAUCAACAACUGUUUAACAAACAUACUGGUAAUGGCUGCUCAUUUAAUAAAAGAAGAGAUUUGCUUUCUCUAGAAGAUACGCACAUCAGAAAAGGUGCAUUCUUUUACACAAAGUAAAGAUCUUAUCACAGCAGACAUACUUAGAUUAUCUAAAAACUGAAAAGCCCGUCAAAAAAGAUCCCCCUAGACUUUUGAUAAUUUUCUUUCUGUACAUUACUUUACCUGCUGGCAAUCUGAUAAGGUGUAGAGACGACUGUAAGUACCAUUGGCUCCAGGUAGAGAAAUUGUGCAAUUAAAAAUGACCAAUUUGCAUCUGUAUAAUAGGAUCACCAAAGUGAGUGUCCAUAUGUUAUGGUUGGCUACCCUAAUGAAUGUGAGAAAAAAGUAAAACAGAAAGAUCUCCAGCAACACAUGGUAACAGAAUGUCUGCUCAGGAAAAUCUCCUGUGAUUAUUGUAAUGAGUCAGUUUUGUGGAAUGAAUUGGGGGUAGACAUAGAUUUGUUAACUGUUUUUUCAUACAUUAAAAUCACAUGAUAUUCCCUACUGAUUUUAUUUGUAACCCUGAGUUGUGUAAUACUAUAUAUCAUAUGAAGAGUGACCCCUCCCACACAAUUUUCCCAUAGAAAACCUUUAGUAAAAACAGACCCGUAUGGAGCAGGAUGAGUUGAUGUGAGCUGGUCUGAAUUCACCUUCCAGUCCCACACUCACACUCAUAAACUACAAGUUUCUUGUUGUUCUCAAAAAAAUUCAAAUUGAAAAAUCUUUUUUGUGGUUGUCCCUCAUGCACCCAUCUAUCACAUUCCCAUUGGGUUGAACAAUAUUUUCAACAAUUAUUAGUCAUAUGAUAAGAAGCUUAUUGGAUUGAGUUUGGUCAGGCCAGACAGGACAAAAUUUGGCUCGUGAGCCAGCUGUUUUUCCUGUCCAGUGCAACCAAACUCAGUCAAUAAAUACAUAAUACAUUGUCUACAACAGUCAAGGAAUACCAUCGGGCAUUUUUCAUUUUACAUGUAAUUAUAUAUGGAUGUAUACUCCAGAGGCUUUAUUGGUGUUGCACAGUUGCAGAAGGCUCAGACCAUGUAUUGAUUCAGAUCAUUUGUUUUGGGCUCUUUUUGUUUCAGCUCUGUUUUAUAAUUUUGGAAAAGGUAGGGACUAACUCUUAAGGAAAGGACUAGUUGGUAAUUUAUUUAAAGAAAACUACAGGGGCUAUGAUGAUUCGUUCGUUUCCCUCACAUUUUUUUUUUUUAGUAUCCUAUUAUGGUGUAAAAGAAUUUUGUCUCCAAGUGUCCUGCCAACAUUGGUGAUCUGCAAAAAAAUUUGCAAAACAUUUGAGAAACUACCUGGUGUAGAGUAGAUCAAUCCCAGCAUUCAUCUGGUGGCAGCUAGUAUAGUAUUAACAAAGUCAUGUACUUUCCAUUUAUCGCAAACAGAUUCCAUGUUGCAGUGCAUCUGUUCAGUAAUAGACCAUAGAUGACAUCAUGAGGACAAUGUAGGAGGAAAAAAUUGAUAUGCGAGGUGCAGCUGAGUGUGUCACUGCAGGAUGAUCCGGCCACAUUUGGAUGUCAUCUGUGAUCUAUAACUGAACAGAUGCACUGCAACAUGAAUUCUGUUUGAAUCUGAAAGUUUCCUUCAUCUAUCACUUUUGUGUGAUCAAAGUCAUUAUACAGUAUGGUUGUUACAACUCAGGUAAAUUGCAAAGCAACCAGUAAGAAUAUCAAAAAAUCCCCACAUAUAUUUCAAGACCAACCCAUCAGGAUUGAAAUUGUGCAGAGGAUUUACUUGUGCAGUCAGAUUUUAUAUGUGAUUAAUUUACUGAAAGAAACAUCAUCCAUUUUGAAUUGUGAUGCCCCAUUUGGUUUACAAUUAGAUCAACCAAAAAAGAAAUAAUGUUUGCCAAAUAGUACAUUUCACAACCUUUUUAGUGAUGUAUAUCUGUAGAUAUGCUUCAAGUAGCAUGUUAAAAAAUGUUUUUUGCAAAGGGCACCAGUGAAUGUCUACCUUAUCCUUGUUAUAUCUUUAAUGAGAUUAAUGAACAUCCUACCCAUUAUACUUCUUUAUAAUUGUACAAUAAAAUAUUGUGCAUAGCCUAUAGUUUCUAUUAAUUAGAGCAAAUAUUCUUGGUUCUGAUAUUAUUAAGUAUUGCUUUGCUAGAUGGAAUACCACUUGGAACAACUGUGCUUAAAUGUGACAAUUAAAUGCCCCCUACACACUUUUGGAUGCCCAUUUGAGGUAUUUAUUUGAAUAAUUAUGUAUAAGGCCUUGUGAUAUUCAAGUAUACAGUUGACUCCUGAUAACUCAAAGCUGGAAAUAAUGGGAAAUUGGUAAAGGAUUUGAGUUGUCUAGAGUUUGAGUUAUUGUGAGUUAAAAACAAAGGACUAUAGAAAUACUAUAGAAACAAGGAAAAACAUUGAAGAUUUUAGAUAGAUGAAAAUUCAUAUAUUUGCACUGCAGUGGAGAGAUGAAAUUAAGAGAUCCUCGCAGCUAAGAACACUACUGAAACGAGUAGUUGUAAAUAGGACCUGAAAAAAAUUCAGGCCCGUACGGGAUUUGAACCCACAACCCCUGCGAUACCGGUGCAGCGCUCUACCAAUUGAGCUAACAAGCCAACUGGGAGCUGGUCAAUGAAUUGGGUCCAAAUAAACAUCCAAGUGAAUGAAGAUUUUAGAUAUAUGAAAAUUCAUAUAUUUGCACUGCGGUGGAGAAAUGAAAUUAAGAGAUCCUCGCAGCUAAGAUCACUACUGAAACGAGUAGUUGUAAAUAGAACCUGAAAAAAAAAAAAACUACUCAUUUCAGUAGUGUUCUUAGCUCCCUGGGAUACAGGGGGUCAUAGCCUCUCACCCCCCUUACCACAUUCUCUUUCCUUCUGGACUUUUGUUCCCAUCUGUCUCUCAACUCCUGCCCUUCAUUGUAUUACUCCCAUCUUCAAGUCAAUAAUAAGUAUUAGAAACCUGGGUUAUUUGGCAAGCUGUGCCAAAACAUAUUACUCUUAAAGGGGGUAGGUUUCUAAAGAAACUGUGGUGCUGCAUUGGUGGGAGAGUAUAGUUAUGUAGGCAAUUUAGUGUUAACAACUGAGUUGAAAACAUUCAUUGGCCACUGUAAAGGGUAAAAAAGCUGACAUUUCGAGCAUUAGCCCUUUGUCAGAGUGAUUGGUAGUUGGCUCUGACAAAGGGCUAAUGCUCAAACAUUGGCUUUUUUACCCUUUACGAUGGCCAAUUUACAUUGUCAACUCAGUUGUUAACACUAACUUGCCUGCAUAUUAUUCUUAUCCGUUCUGUGGUGCUGGAUUUUUUCAGGGGAGGGGAAGUAAUUUACUCAAGAUGAACAUCAUCACACACCAGUUUUCACUGACCUGAUUAUCACAGUUUGACAAGCAAUUCACUAUAGAGAAGAAAUUUAAGUUCACUGUGCCAUCCAAUAGCUAUAAUUGUAGUUUCAAAUGUGCUUUAUGUGUAUUUGAACUGACUUAUUUAAACUUCUGCCAUUCUUUUCAACCUGAGAGAAAAGUUUUGCUUUCUUGCUUAUAAAGUUUUAUUUUACACCUUUUCCAGUGCUCCUACCCUCCUGUUCCCCUCUACUAAAUAAACUGCAUUGAAUAUAAAUUUUCCAUCUUUGGCUUGUGGAAGCAUUACAUAAAUGCAUUUGUGUGUCAUCUCUCACAAUGAUCUUUCUACUUUAAUGCACAUCUUCAUUAGUGAGUUGUCUCACAGACUCUUUGAUUUUACAGGGUCUUCGAUCUGAUGUGAACAAACAUAUCAUGGAGCAGCUUUCAAGUCAUGUCAACAACUGUUUAAAAUUUCAUCACCUACAAGAAGACCAGGAAGAAAGGCUGACCCAACAACAGCAAAGUGAAUUAGAGGAGCUAAAGAAUCGUGUUACCCAGCUCAGUAAUGAGGUGCUUUGUCUGGAACGCCAAUUGAAGGCAACUGAGGAAGCACAUAUGAGACUUGAGACACCACUGCGUGAACAAGAAAUUAUGUAAGUUUGCCCAGAGCUGGAUAAUUAAUGAUAACUUUUAGGAAGCUAGCUUGGGAAGCUAAAUUUUCAAACACUAUUUCCAAUAAUGUUUCCCUGAAUUUGCCAAGAUUGCACUUUCUUUUGGUGCAACUUAAACUGACCUAAAAUAAAUCUAACAUCCAUAAGGCAGGAGCAUCACAGCCUGAGUUUCUCUCCAUUGUACCACAUGUAUCUUUAGUUUAAAACAGUGACUUUGUUUUCCCUAAUGAACAGCAGCAACUUAUCAUUAUCCCAAUUAAAAUUAUAGGUUGAGGAAACAAGCAGGACGUUUUUGUGAUGGAACAUAUACCUGGAGAAUAGAAAAGUUCGGAGAUUGUUACCAAGAUGCCUUCAGCGGAACAAGCACAAAAAAGUACAGCCCUCCAUUUUACACCAGUCUGUAUCCUGGGUACAAACUGUGCAUGCGAAUCAACAUGAAUGGUGUAGAUGAUGGUGUUGGCACACACAUGGCAUUGUUCAUUCAUUUGAUGCGAGGUGAUCAUGACGAUUUCUUACAAUGGCCAUUUGCUAAAAAGUUCAGAUUGUCCAUCUUGGAUCGAUCUGAAGAUGAAGGGGAGCAUCGUGAUAUCAGCAAAACCCUGGUGGCUGAACCUAAAUUGCAAGCAUGUCAAAGACCAGUGGCACCGCACAACUACUAUGGAUUUGGUUACCCAAAAUUUGCCCCCAUUGAGCUGAUUUGUCAGCCACAGUACCCCAAGAAUGAUACCCUGCUGGUAAAAUUUGAGAUGAUUGGUUAGUUCAGCACAGUCUCAUGACUUGCUUAGAGUCUUUAAAACAUAUCAGUGUAAGUGGAAAGAUCAUGAAAGAACUCUGGCAGUUGUGUGUGAUUUUAGGAUAAUUUUUAGGUAAACAUACAUGUAAUGAACAUUCUAUUCAGUUUAACCCUUUCACUUUUAUCACUUGAUGUUCAUGAUUAUUCUCCUACUGAACUUCCAUGCAUAUACAUGUGUCAGUUUGAUAAUUUUUUUCAUUAAUUGUGGUCACAGAUCUGUUUGCCAGUACAUGACGUCAAAAAAUGUUACAAAGUGAAAGGGGUUGUUUCAAAAGUGCCUGAAUGAUUCUUUUAACCUAAAUUUAGUUGGUAAUUUAAGUGGUCCUGUUACAUUGAUUUGUACCUAGUUUUUUAUGUAACUUGAAACAUGAUGCACUUGCACUGCAACUAAAAACAGUUGAUGCCAGUAAGUUUUAGUGAUUGAACAUUAUCAGGAAGUAGAACAUGUUUUGACAUAAAGGUCAGGCCCCUCACAUCUGUUGUUGUACACAAUUUUUAUAAAAAUCAAGGAAUCUUUUCCGUAACCUAUGAGUUAAGAGCUAUCCCCUAAAAAGAAUAUCCUCAGAGAGCUUUAACUUUUAUAAUUUUUUUUUCCUAAGCCAAGAACAUUUUGCCAUUCUCUCUUCAAAAUUAUUUGAAGUUUGCCAAAAGUAAACUGUGAGUGAAGUAACAAGGUUAUUGUUUAAUGUAAGAGUACUGAUUUUUAUGUAAAACAUUCACUGGUAAUGAACAUUUUUUUUUACAUUUUUGAGUACAAUUCAGGAACAAAAGGGCAUAAACUCUCCUUGGCACCAACCCUUUUAACUGCAGGUCUCUAGGAGUUAAAGAGUUCAUUAAGAGUGUUCUUGCAUUUCAACUCUAUAAAUAUUGUAAGUGUUAAACUUAUAAGUACAUCCAAAAGCUGGAAAGAUUUGUUUUUACAAGUAAUUAACUAAAAAGAGCUGCUAUUAAAUAGUAGAUUAUUAAUUAAUUGUGGACUUGAUCAGACCUAGGUAAAACUUAAACUGGCUUAUCCAAUAGUUAGUUACACACAUUGUAAGCUCAAAAAAUUAUGGAAUGGCUGUGACUGUGUAUUUUUGUUCUAAAGAACUGAUAACUGUGGGUGAAACUGGGGAGCAUGCAGCUUGAAGGGUUCUUAGAACAUAUUAUAGAGAAGAUGUACAGCUAUGCUACAAUUUAAAGAAAUAGGAUCUGUAUCAUGCAUAUGUUAUCUGGUUCCAUUUUUCGUCUUUGUAGCUUAAACAAAAUUUGUGGUUCCAUUAUUUUUUGUACUUAGGUGAGGAGAGGUAGUAUGAGGUUUAAGCAUCUUACUGGAAUCAGAGUACUCUAUGUGCAAUCUUUCCAGUAAUUAUGACACUGUUGGAUCUCCCACAAGUAUUAAUAAAUUUUGUAGAAUUAUUAAAUUUCCAAGGUUGGC